AUGGCGAGUGUUGGCAACAGUUGUUUUGGUUCAGUCUUCAUAGCUCCUUUUGAAAAUGAUGUCUUUUUGAAGAAGAUUAAGAAAUCUCCAUGCAAUUGUUUCAUGGUUUCCAAUGAUUCCUUCAAAUUGAACAAAGUUUCUUGUGGAAUUGAAAAGAACCCCACAAGCAGCAGACCUUCCAAUUCCAAGAACACGAUCGAGGAGUACAACACAGCUAUGAAGAGGAUGAUGAGGAACCCAUAUGAGUAUCACCAUGAUCUGGGCAUGAACUACACAUUGAUAACUGAUGACUUGAUUGUGGGCUCCCAGCCUCAGAAACCUGAAGAUAUAGAUCACCUGAAGGAAGAAGAGAAUGUGGCAUACAUUUUAAACUUGCAGCAGGACACGGAUGUUGAGUAUUGGGGAAUUGACUUGCAGUCAAUAAUAAAAAGGUGUAAAGAACUUGGAAUCCGUCACAUGAGGAGGCCGGCAAAGGAUUUCGAUCCAGAUUCCUUGCGAAAUGGUCUACCUAAAGCAGUUUCAUCGCUAGAAUGGGCCAUAUCUGAGGGAAAAGGAAAGGUGUAUGUGCAUUGCACUGCUGGACUGGGAAGAGCCCCAGCUGUUGCAAUUGCUUACAUGUACUGGUUCCUUGGAAUGAAUCUGAAUGCAGCAUACGAUGCACUAACUUCCAAGAGACCUUGUGGCCCAAAUAAGAGGGCAAUACGUGCAGCUACCUAUGAUCUGACCAAGAAUGAUCCAUGGAAGGAGCCCUUUGAGAAUCUUCCUGAAUAUGCAUUUGAGGAUAUAGCAGAUUGGGAAAGGAACUUGAUUCGAGACCGCGUCUAUUCUCUCCGUGGAACUUGA